AUGACAUCCGCGGAAAACCCCACCCUUCCCUCCCCACCCUUCUACACGCACAUCCCCAACAUCAACAACCUUCGCCUAGCCACCCACUCCCUCACCACCACAUCCGGCGCCACCCUCCGCCCAGGCAUCCUCUUUCGCAGCGCCGAAGUGGCCAAAUUAGACGCCGCCGGCUGGACCGCCGUUCGCGAUAUUGGCGUAGGCCACGUCUUCGACCUCCGCAGCAAGCCCGAAGUAGAAAAAGGCUGGGCCGGCAUCGUCGGCGACGAUGGCAGCGGCAAGCAAGACUUUAGGCCGGGCUGGAUCCAAGCCAUGGAAGAAGCAGGUGUGAGACGGACCUGGACACCCGUGUUCUCGGAUGAAGAUUACAGUCCCGAGAGGUUAGCGGAGCGGUACGCGAACUACAUGGACGAGGACGUCAAAGGGUUUGUCGAGGCUUAUGCUAGUAUUCUAACGGAUGGAGGCAAGGCGUAUAGUACCAUCUUCCGGUAUCUGGCCAGUCUGUCUCUGCCACCAGCAGAUAGUAGUAGUACCAGAAACGGCCCCGCAGGCGAGAAACUCGGUGCACUCAUCCACUGCACAGCAGGCAAAGACCGAACAGGCAUCUUCUUCGGCGUCCUCUUCGACUUCCUCGGCGUCCCCCGCGAGCAAAUCGCAGACGAGUACCAACUCACCGAACUGGGGCUCCGGCCCCUUCGAGACGAGAUUGUCGCCCGCUUGUUGACAAGUCCUGGGUUUAGGAAGUAUAUGCUUGCGCAAUCGAGUGGACGGGCGUUGUCGAAGGAGGAGAUGGCACAGAUCAUCCAAGGAAGGGAUAGCGAGGGUUCUGAUACGUCGGAGUUCCCGCCUGAGAUCCUGGAGAAGGGUAGGCAGGCUGCGUUGCGUAUGGUGGGGUCGAGGAAGGAGAGCAUGUUGGCGAGUUUGGGUAUGUUGGAUGAGCGGUUUGGCGGCGCGGAACGGUAUAUGAGGGAGUACUGUGGGCUUGGUGAUGAGGAGUUGGCGGGCUUGAGGAGGAAUCUGGUGGUUGAGAAGGCGGAGUGA